ACCAUGGGUCUGACUAAUUUGGGCGCCAAUGACGUCACGAGGAGGCGAGUGUUUCAGCCAAUGAGCGACGGAAGCCCCGCUCCUCAUCACCUCCUCAGUGUUUCUAUCAUGGGGAAGGUGAGCUGUUGCUCACGGUGUCCCUAUUAAAGGACUCGCGGAUCUGUUUCUGCGCUCAGGAACGUUGAGGAAAUUCUUUGCAAAGGAGGGCCCCGGUGACCGAAGCGAGAUGGAAAGUGGGGAAGACUGUGUCCUCAGGUCCCGCAGCCGAGACACCCCAAAGAUGCCGAGCUUUUUUGACCUGGAUAGCUCUUUGGAUGGGGGCUCUAGUCCAGGGACACCUCCGCAAAGUAAUGGCGACAAUCACAUCACCAGCAACGGCAAAAUUGAAGUAGAACAUGUGAUCAGCAAAAAGCUACAACUUAAAAGGAAAGCAGAGUACCUAAAGAGUGACUUGCUGCGUCAGUUUGACAGCCAAGUCAAUGACUUCAUGGACAGUCUAAUUGAAGAAUCAGCCAGCCUUGAAGCAGCACCUGUAUCUGCCGUCUUCUCACCUCCACUGUCUGAGAAAGAGAGGAGCAAACUUAGGUACUUUCGACCUCCCCAUGGCCAAGGAAAGCAGUUUGUAAGUCGCAGAUCCCUUCUGGAUGAGCUGUUUGAAGUGAACCACAUCAGGACUAUCUACCACAUGUUCAUUGCCCUGCUCAUUAUCUUUAUUCUCAGCACACUUGUGGUAGAUUUCAUUGAUGAAGGCAGACUGGUGCUGGACUUUGAUCUGCUGGUUUAUGCAUUUGGACAAUUGCCUCUGGUGGUGUGCACAUGGAUCUGUAUGUUCCUGUCUGUGCUGCUCGUUCCCUACACCCUAUUCUACCUGUGGUCACAGAGCCAGUCAGGCUCUUAUGGUCACACCAGGUUGUACAGUUUGCUGCUUGGCUCUGUAUUCCUCUUCUACCAAGCUCUGGGUUUGGGAUUCCUGCCCACAUAUGUAGUGGUGACCAAUAGUUUGCCACCUGCAUCCUGCUUUAUCAUCAUCCUGGAACAGGUACGUUUAAUGAUGAAAGCCCACUCCUUUGUCAGGGAGAAUGUGCCAAAGGUUCUGACUUGGGCUAAAGACAAGGCCAGUCCUGGCCCAGUGGUACCUCAAGUUUCUCAUUAUCUCUACUUCCUGUUUGCGCCCACACUGAUUUACAGAGACAAGUACCCCAGGAACCCAGUGAUCAGAUGGAGCUAUGUAGCCACAAAGUUCCUUCAGGUACUUGGCUCUCUGUUUUAUGCAUAUUACGUGUUUGUGCGGCUGUGCAUCCCACAGUUUCACAGCAUCAGUCUGCAACUGUUUGAUCUGCGGGCUAUGGUCCUCUGUGUCUUCAACUCCAUAUUACCAGGAGUGUUGGUUCUCUUCCUGGGGUUCUUUGCUUUUCUCCACUGUUGGCUCAAUGCUUUUGCUGAGAUGCUUCGCUUUGCAGACAGGAUGUUUUAUAAGGACUGGUGGAAUUCAACCUCUUUUGCCAAUUACUACCGCACUUGGAAUGUAGUGGUCCAUGACUGGUUGUAUUACUAUGUGUACCGGGACUUCCUGUGGAUGUCUCAGAAGCGUUUCCGGGCAGCAGCCAUGUUUUUUGUGUUUACAGUGUCUGCGGUGGUCCAUGAGUACAUUCUUGCAGUUUGCUUUGGUUUCUUCUAUCCUGUGCUGUUCUGCCUCUUCAUGUGCUUUGGAAUGAUGUUCAACUUUAUAUUGCAUGACCAAAGGAAAGGCCCCAUUUGGAACAUAAUUAUGUGGACGUCCCUGUUCCUGGGUCAGGGAGUCAUAAUCUGUCUGUACUCCCAGGAGUGGUAUGCCCAGCGCUACUGCCCUCUGAAGGAGUCUAACUUCCUGGAGAUGCUGAAGCCUCGUUCCUGGAGUUGUCAGAGAGGGCUGAUGGGAAACUCUGAAAGACUUUGACCUGUGAUGGAACUUUCAGAAUGAGGAGCUCAAGCAGCUUUUCUGUUAACAUCAUAACUUCCGGUCCUCUGUUUGUUUAAUUUUAUUGCACAUAAGAUUAUAAGUCUAAGUCUGUAUGAAUGUAUGGGAGAGUAUCUGCUGAAAUGCCAAAAACGGCUGUCACAAUGAUGCCUUAUAUGUUUAAAGUUUUCAAAGAUAACCCCACAAAAAACAAGAGUUCAAGUUCACGUUAAAGCACUUGUGAGCUUCUACUUUUAUGCACUAUAGAUGUUUGUAGUAUCCCUUUGCCUUGAUCAACUGUGAAACAACUCCUUGUACCAAUAAGACCGUGGCAAUAAUGACAUGGCAGCUGAAUACAAACAUUACACAGUGCAAACAUUGUUCACAUGUGCAGUAAUUGUUAAUAUUUAACAACAUUUGCAGUUGCUACUCCAUUGCAGAGAGCUUUCAGUGUUGUAAGGAAAGACUAAAAAAUUUAUUUAUUUUCAGUGUUGAGCCCUGUUUGGUGUUUUGUAUAAAUCUGAGAAACUGGUUUCUGUAUUAUAAUUUUAGGGAUGGAAUCAUGUUCAUAUAAAAGAAAACCUAAUGAUGGUAUAUAACAUGGAGUCAUGAUGUUGUAGUGAGGAAGUAAUUUUAUAUCUGAAACCCUGAUGAUUCAGUCAUCAAGCAGACUGCUGUGGUCACUUUUCUGAUGAUCUCCAGCUGCCACCCCACAAGUUAGGAUGUUGUGUACUCAUAAAUUAUAAUCUGAAAUCUGUGAACUUACACUGAAUAGUGAAAUCCAUCUAAGAAAAUGUCAAAAUAGUGGUGUUGUGCUGUACAUAGUAAAUAUAGAGUACUAGAUAUACUCUUAGUGAUUCAUUCAAGUGCCACAUUUGCAUUAUUAGGAUAGUUUCUUGAGAAUCCAGAUGUUUUGCUUAUAACCAAUGUUAAGAAUUCCGUAAAAUGAUUUCAGAUAUAAUACCACUAUACAUUUGUAAAUUUUGUAAUCAUAUUUGACAAGCACUAAGGGCUGAAGUUCACAGUGUCAGAUAAUCAGUGCAUUAAAUCUGCAUUUAUUGUUUAAGUAUUUUUAGUCAUCUUUAAAUCAGACUAAUUUAUUAAUAUGUUCAAUCUAUUUUCUGUUGUAAUGAUGUAUUGAUUGUUUUUUGAAGAGGCUAUUCAUGUUUUAAUACAGGGAAACUGUGUUAAUGCUUAUGAAAAAUAAGAUGCACAAUACAACGUAAAAACCAGUAAAAAUCAUCUAUAAAAACUGCAGAAAUUGCACAUUAAUAAAAUGGAUGGCCACAAGGUGGCAAUGUA